AUGAGUGGGGAAUUGGUUAAUUACAAGAGAUUGGAGAAAGUCGGUGAAGGGACUUAUGGUGUCGUUUACAAAGCGCUUGAUUUGCGUCAUGGUCAACGAGUAGUCGCGUUGAAGAAGAUUCGGUUGGAGAGUGAAGACGAGGGGGUCCCAAGUACUGCAAUCCGUGAGAUCUCACUGCUUAAAGAGUUGAAAGAUGACAAUAUUGUUCGUCUGUACGAUAUCGUACACUCCGAUGCCCAUAAAUUAUACCUGGUGUUCGAAUUUCUCGAACUAGAUCUUAAGAGGUACAUGGAAAGCGUUCCAAAGGAUCAAUCCCUAGGAGAUAAAGUCAUCCAAAAAUUCAUGAUGCAGCUGUGUAAGGGGAUUGCCUAUUGUCAUUCACAUCGGAUCCUACAUCGAGAUCUAAAACCUCAGAAUUUGUUAAUCAAUCGAGAUGGCAACCUAAAACUAGGUGACUUCGGUCUGGCAAGAGCCUUUGGAGUCCCACUAAGAGCUUACACACACGAAAUUGUCACACUUUGGUACAGAGCUCCCGAAGUGCUACUUGGAGGUAAACAGUACAGCACUGGGGUAGAUAUUUGGUCCAUCGGAUGUAUUUUCGCCGAGAUGUGCAACCGCAAGCCUAUCUUCAGCGGAGACAGUGAGAUCGACCAGAUCUUCAAGAUCUUCCGCACACUAGGAACUCCCACAGAGUCCGUGUGGCCUGAUAUAGUCUACUUGCCCGAUUUCAAGCCCAGUUUCCCCAAAUGGCACCGCAAGGACCUAGCGAAAGUGGUUCCGUCGCUAAAUUCACAAGGAAUCGAUUUGCUAAACAAUUUACUCGCCUACGACCCAAUCAAUAGGAUCAGUGCCAAGAGAGCUGCAAUCCAUCCAUACUUCCAAGAACUGGCAUAG